CAAUAUUAAUAAACUUUAAAUUCUAUUUUCUUAUUUCUGCGAUCAAAGACUCGGCCGCUGCCGUGUGAGCAGUGAAGAAGGGUUUCCAGCGCCGACCAUGACGUCCAACUCUAACUUAUCCACCAUGAGGCGGCUGGUGGAGCAGCUGAAGCUGGAGGCCAGCGUGGAGAGGAUCAAGGUGUCCCAGGCAGCGGCGGAGCUGCAGCAGUACUGUCUGCAGAAUGCGGGGAAGGACGCGCUGCUGGUGGGCAUCCCUACAGGCAGCAACCCCUUCAGAGAGCCGCGCUCCUGCGCUGUGGUGUAGAGGUCAGAGGUCACGCCACUGUGCAGCUGUCACUCACAGACAUUCGCUUUGCCAACGAGGGAUAAGGAACUGCUCAUCUUUUACAGCUGCAGACGAACAUCACUGCCUGAAGACCAUUUUUGCUUUGCUGAGUUCUUUGUACAUAAAUGCAAAAGUACUUGUCGUCCUUCUGAUGAGGCGUUAAUUAAAGGCAUUAA